GCUCAAGGGCGGGACUUGUCGGGUGGUUAAAAAAAUCAUAACGUUGCGUGAAUGCGUGUUCGGUUUGAUCAGACCUGCUAACACACAGCUGUGAAAUAGCUAACUAUUUCUAGCGCUAUCACAACACAUUUCGUUUCCGACAAAUUUCACACGCCGUGAUUUUAUUUCAUUUUAUCGUCAAUCUGCAGUUUGUUUAUGGCGUGAGCGUUGUUCAGUUUGGGGGCGUGUCUCCAAGCGCGAGCUACAGGACAUGUUUCAUUUCCAGCUCUGAUUUUUUAGUAGUACUUUGUCAACAUAGUUAAACCUUCAUGAUUUAACGCUCGUGUAGACGUUUCCCAGACGCGAGUCUCUGGGCCAUUUAAUACGAUAAUCAAACAGCGUUCGCAACAUAUAAAUAAAUGCGCGAGCUUUUCUCUCCACGCGAGCGUUUCGGUCUUAGCGCGAGCUUUCAUUUCCCCUUUUAUUUGUCAUACUGAAGCUGAACGGGCCCGUAUCCUCGUGUGAUAUCACGAAACAUGGAGCACACAGGCUGCGUCAACAUCUGCAGUCUCACCAGCACCUUACCGGUGAUUCCGUAUCGAAAACUAACGGACUUGCACUACAUCAGUAAGGGAGGAUUUGGGACUGUAUUCAGGGCGCAGCACAGUGACUGGCGCACUACAGUAGCGAUCAAGUGCUUGAAACUCGAUUCACCGGUUGGCGAGAGAGAAAGGAAUUGUUUACUGAAGGAAGCUGAGGUGCUUCACAAGGCUCGAUUUAACCACAUCAUUCAGAUUUUUGGGGUGUGCAAUGAGCCUGAGUUUUUCUGCAUUGUGACAGAGUUCAUGACCAAUGGAUCGCUGGAUGAACUACUGCAUGAGAAAGAUAUGUACCCAGUGGUGGCCUGGCCAUUGAGACUUCGCAUUCUUUAUGAGAUAGCUCUAGGGGUCAAUUUCCUCCACAAUAUGACCCCACCUCUUCUACAUCAUGAUCUCAAAACUCAGAACAUCCUGCUGGAUGGGGAAUACCAUGUCAAGAUUGCUGAUUUUGGCUUGUCUAAAUGGCGUCAGCUCUCUAUCACUAAAGGCUCUGGCUCCAAACCUGCUGAAAUGGGAGGCACUGUUAUCUAUAUGCCACCUGAGGAGUAUGAACCAUCAAAGAACCGUCGCACUGAUGUCAAAUAUGACGUGUACAGUUACGCCAUCAUCAUGUGGGAAGUGCUUUCAAGACGGAUACCAUUUGAAGAGGCCACCAAUCCAAUGCUGAUCAUGUUCAGCGUCCUUCAAGGGUCGCGGCCCGACACGGGUCCAGACAGUCUGCCCGCAGACAUUCCCAGCAGAGAAACCCUCAUAAACAUCAUGACCUCCGGCUGGACCGCCAACCCAGACGACCGGCCCUCCUUCCUCAAUUGUCUUAUUGAACUGGAGCCCAUGUUGAGAAGGUUCGAUGAUAUUGAAGUCUUAGAAGCAGUACUGGAGGUCAGACGGACAAAAUAUAUGAGGCCAGGAAGCUGCUGCUCAUCAACUCAAACAAACGGAAAACAAACCAAGGAGAAGAGUGUAAAGGAGCAAAACGUCCCUUGGCCGUACAACAGUUCCACAUCUGGAUCGGGUUCCUGCUCUUCCCAGGAAGCAGACAUUUCUCUUCCAGGCUUCCUUACCAUAUCAAAUAUACCACCUUCUCAAGGUUUGUCAGCUGCUCAGGCUAGUCCACAGCCUUCAAUAAUGUCCCUUCCAAUUGAUCCUCCAAAGCCUCUUGUGGACAACUGCUCUCGAAACAAUCUCAGUCCUGAAUACCAGACGGCCCAGCACGUAUCUGACUUAAACAUACGCAUGAAGCCACAUUCGCCCCAGAGUGAGAUUGAUUUGGCCCUUGACAUACAACCGCUCACCAUACAGCCACACCCACAAGAUUUUGCCACACCAUUGGACUCUGAAGGUCCUGCUGCCCGCUGGAUCGCAUCCCGACGGGAGGACGUUGUACGCCAGAUGACGGAGGCGUGCCUCAACCAGACUUUAGACGCUCUGCUGGCUCGCGAGCUCCUGAUGCGUGAGGACUACGAACUAGUCGUGAACCAAUCGACACGCACCGCCAAAGUACGCAAGCUUUUGGACACCUGCGAACGGCACAGCGAGGAGUUUUGUCGCGUGGUGGUAAAGAAACUCCUGGACAACAAGCAGAUGGGACUGCGGCCCUACCCCGACCUCAGCACCGUUAGCCCACCUCCACCUUAUACUCCUGUCACCUCCCCUUUCGUUUCUAACUCCUUCAACAACACACGAAACAUCUUCUGACCUCCUCCCAGCUGGAGAAAUGUGAGUCUUGCUUUCUCAUUGGGCUUUUGCUAAGGGAUCAUUCCUGCAUUGGUUUGCUGCUUAGGUUGCAGUUUGUGUUCCUGUGCUUUUGGCAGUUGGGGAGUUGAGCACUUUUGUCCCGAGUUUAGCAUGAACCAUUUUAAAGCUACUGGUGCUGGGAAAAACAAGUCUAGCAAUGUUGAAGUUCCACUAAAAAUGUUUAGAUUGCCAGGAAACAAGUUCCUGUCUCUCUGAAAGCAGUAAAAUGCUUAAGCUAUCAAUCAUUUGAUUCUUCCUUGCCAGCGCGUCAUUUGCAAAAAUUCAUCAGGAAUGCCACAUCCUUUUGUUUGGCUGCCUUACCAACGUAACGCAUCUUCAUAACCACACAGGCCUGGACUUGGAAUUAGUGUGAAUCAGCAUUUUCUGUCUUCCUUUUUGUAAACCAGUGUUUUCGUUUUCCAAAUUGAAACUUAGAUAGUUUUGACCGUCUUUUAAUGUGUGUUGUGCUGCGUCAGGGUUUAUCUAUUGAACAAUCUGUACAUAUGUUGUACUCUCAUGUGGUUCAGCUGAAAUAAACUUUGCUGAAAAACUGAGGAAAUGACAGUCUAAGAAAA